AAUUAUUGACAGUUGAGAAAAAACGGAAAAGCCUAAUGGGUCACAAGCCUUUUUCCUGUGAUCUCCUUUCGCCCCAGAGCGCCGGUGUAUGAGCACCUCGCUGGAUUCGCCGGAUGAUAUAAGAAACGGCCAUAUAACCGGCAUUCUCAGUGCAUCCACGGCAGUGUGAGAAUGGGAUGCCAGAGUAUGCUGUGUCGAGAUUUUGUGGUCUUUUGAAAAUCAUGUCUGUUCUUUUAUAAUUUGGUAUCGCUGCCGCGUAUUUGUUUCCUGCUUGUUCUAAACGCUCGACGCCGGUAGUCGAAUCAUCUUCUUCCAUUUCAACAUACCUUGUGAAGAUGCUGCGCCCAAGCUUGGUAGUUAUCCUGGUCAUCGCUUACGUCUACGGACAGGAUGACCUUUACAAUGACAGCGACACCGGGCUGCGCGAUUUCCUGGACGUAGAUCCGGCAGUGAUGGCGCUGCCGGAUAUCAUCAGUGGACCGGUUGAUAAGCGUCACAUCUUCUACACCGGAGGAUGGGGCGCCGGUGGCAGUACCAUGGGAUAUCCGCGCGGCAAGGACAUCAAAGUACAGGCGGCCCGCAAGAGCUCCGACCAACCGGUUCCCGGGGUGUCCGGUGCUGGACAGCCCAGUGCCAGCAAAUCCGGCCGAGUUCGCCAGCUGUUCCUCUCCCGCAACUGGGGACCGGGAUGAAUCGGUUGGUAUGAGGGACCAGUGAAUAGCAGAGCUGUUGCGUAUAAUGAUGUAGCAGUAAUGCGGCUGUUAGUGUACUGUUGUUUCGUAGCGUUAUUCAGUGCAACUUUGACCUUUCCCUAGCUUUGCUUCUGUGCACAAAGGUAUACAAUUGGGCGAUUUCAACUUGAAAUAAAUUAC